AUGACUCACAGUUUGGAACGCAAUUUCAAUGAGUUGGAGAAACUGUUCCGUAACAACAGUAGUGGCCGUCCGUCUAGUGGUGGCACCGGUGCCGCCGAUUCCCUGUUCUUUCAUUCGCUAAAUGGCGACCAAUUGUUGACCAAAAUGUUGUCCCGAAUAAUGAACGGCACCCGAGAGAGGCCCACAUCACUCACCGACCGGUCCAACGCUAAGUUGGCCGCACUUUACGAACUGGUCUGCGGUCAGCACUUGGAUGUGGCCGACUAUGUCCUGCAAUCACAACACGUGAUCGAUUUGUUGGACAUUCUGUGCCAUCGGAUCAAUCUAUUGGACACGACUCUCAUGAGUACCAGUGGUGAGGGAACCACAGCCUUGACGUGCGUUAUAGUGGUCGGAGCCCUGUGUCGACUCCUGUCCACCAUUUUUAAUACACUUCACGGCCACUACUCGACGCUCGCCGACAGUACCGACGAUAGUCUGGCCUUCAAUCACAUCAUUCAGUACUUAAUCAUUUAUAUAGUAUCGGUCGGAAUGAUUGAUAAGUUGUCGUUAAUGAUGGCCAACACUCGGGGCUCCGUCGACGACCACCCGGAGCUGACACAAUGCCUGCGUAGUGUUGUCUCCCUCUUCAGCUCACUCUCUAAACUGAUGGCACUUCGAGUGGAGGAGAGGUUUGGCGCCCGUCUCGCCGACGACGAGACACAACUGAUGCUCACGUUUCAGAGGACACACAUCGGCGGUGUUGUGUCCCUCAUUUACGGAGUGCUCCUCCACUCGGGUGCGCCUCAAAGGGCUGACGGCGAUCGACCCCCACCUGCGGCCGACCAUACGCUGGAUCUGACUCUCGAAGUGAUCAGACUUUUGAAUUACGUGUCGCUAUUGGAUCUGAAUGUGGUUCAGUGUGUUUUGGGCGGCGAAGGGCUGUUACUACAGCUCCGGCACAUCUGUUCAUACCUUCUCUGGUAUUGCACUCACCAUAAGAGGGAAGCGCUGCUCAACGAAGCGAUUCUAUUGGUUGGAAACUUUGUUGUCCUCAACGACGAGAAUCAGGCACUAUUAGAGUCGGGCCAACGGCCGACUGUCGUCCAGCAGUUGUGUUCGCUGCCCAUUGAGUACUUCAGCGACGAUCGACUGUCUCGGGUGUUGUUCCCGACGCUAAUCGCCUGUUGUUUUCAAAACCCGCAAAACCGGACGGUUUUGGAGAAAGAGAUGUCAACUCUAAUGCUCUCGACGUUCAUCGAGUCCACAAUCAUUGGCCUUCAGCUCCGGGCGGUCGACAGUCACGUGUCGGCCGGAGUCCGACGGCCGGCCAACUCUCUCGCCGAACAGCGCCUGACGUUUGCGAAGAGGUUUCAGAAGAACCGCUGGAAUGAAGCGAAGGACUACUUCGAGGCCCAGACAGAGGCCGACCCAUAGGUGUCGGUGCCGUACAGACGGUUGGUUUGGCCGCUGUUUCACAGCUACCGGUGCUUAAGAAAGUCAUUUCUAUUACAUUCUAAGAGAUUACGUGUAAAUACUAUAUUAUUGUGCACUCAAUUCACAUACAUUUUAUACAUUAAUAUAUCGUUCAAUUAACGC